UCUUUCUACCAUUCCAUAUUUCCACAUAUAUAUUCAUCUCUCUUUCUCUCACAAAAAACAUCACUUCCAGGCCUUUCCAUUUUGCUUUCUUUGACUUCACAAGGGGUAGUUCGUGGUCGAACGAAAACCACAAGUUAUAGUUUUCAGUCUGAGUUGCAUGAACAGCUAUCUUAUAGAAAUAAACAGUUCUAUACAAGAUGGGAUGUUUCACUGUCUUAAAGAGCAAGAAGAAAAAAUCUGAUCAAAUAAUGUACCGAAAACGUGUUUGCCAUAAUGAGCAUGUUCCUACAGUUCUGCCUGAACCUCAAGCUCACUCUCGCUCAUUGCAGUCUGCACCUCCUAGUUUUAGGACUCGAGUGAAAUCCAUUCACCCCAUUAACAAAGUUAACAACAACAGAACAAGGGCAUUAUCUGCUCCAUCAGCUCUUGAUGCAGCAGAACAAGAUGCUUUGGCCUCAGUUGAGUAUGAGGAACAAGAAGAAUCAAAACAGCGAACCGGAUCAAUGAAGGAGCAGCGUUCACCUAGUCCACAGCCUUUACCUCUUCCAUCUCCUCAGGGCAGUGGUGCAUUGAAGGCUUCUAGCAGCUUUAAGUCAGGGACUGCUAGUGGUCCUCUAUAUGCUUCUGGACCUUUACCUCUUCCACCUAUUGGAUUGCUUCGAAACUUUCAGUAUGAGGAAAUUGCUGCUGCUUGCCACAAUUUCUCUUCGGAUCGAUGCAUGUCAGAAUGUCUUUCUUCCACCAUAUAUAAAGCUUCCUUUGGCGAUGAUGCUUCAAGUUCAAAGAAGUUUGAAGCCACUGUCACGCGCCUUCACCCAUCAACUCAGGGCUUGAAGGAAUUCAUAAAUGAGGUUAAUACUCUUGCAUCUUUACAACAUCCAAACGUCUGUAAAUUGCUAGGAUUUCAUGCACGUGAUGGCUCUGAACCGAGGAUGUUGGUUUAUGAAAGGCUAUGCCAUGGAAGCUUGGACCGCCUGUUGUUUGGGAGAUUUGGUGGCCCACCUAUUGAUUGGAACUCAAGAAUGAAAAUUGCCAUAUGUGCUGCACGAGGUCUUACUUUCUUGCAUGAAGAAGGGCCUUUCCAGGCAAUGUAUAAUGAAUUUUCAACAGCCAACAUACAGAUUGACAAGGAUUUCAGUGCAAAGCUUUCGGGGUAUGGUUGUGUUGGACAUAUUCCAGAGGAAGAGAUUUCAAGCAGUUCAUCUGCUGUUGGAAACCUAUCAGUGGAGACACUGGAAAGAGGAAUGCUUACUCCAAAGAGCAAUGUAUGGAGUUUUGGAAUUGUUCUUCUAGAGCUACUUACUGGCAGAAAGAAUGAUGAUAUCUAUUACCCCAAGCAAGAGAGGAACUUAGUGAAGUGGACCCGUCCCUUCCUGGCUGAUGAUCUUAGACUAUCAUUGAUUAUGGAUCCUCAACUUAAGGGUAGGUUUCCUUCCAAAGCAGCAAGAAAAGUAGCUGACAUUGCACAAAGAUGCCUUCAAAAGGAGCCAUCAGAAAGGCCUACCAUGAGAACUGUUGUUGAGCAUCUCAAAAUGAUUCAGGAUAUGAAGUACUCUUGUUGGUUCCCACUACAAGAGCCAGCAUCCAACUAUGGAAAAGAAAUGUCAAGAUCACCAAGUCUUAAUGGUAUCAUAUGUCACACACCUAGAUUGAGUCUUUCUAUAUCACCAUCAUUUGUAGCUAGACCAUGUGUUUCACCUCCAAGAUGGUCUGGUGUGCCAACCUUGCUUCCUCUUCUCGCUUGUUCCUCACACCAAGCAAGAAUUCAUCAUCCUCAGUAUCUAGGAGAGCUAGUGUUGAAGGAUAUUGAUUGUCUAUAAUGAUCAUUUUUAUUAUUUUCUUAAUUAAUUUUUUGG